AUGGGGCCCCUCCCUAAAUUCACAGCUCGCCAAAUCCUCGACGCAUUCUACUCUGCCGAGCGCGUCUACAUGAGUGCUCCCCCCGAAGAGCGCGACUUUGCCGGGAUCGCAGCCACCCUGGCCCCAGAUUUCAGAAUGGAACAGACCUCUGCGCUGCCAUAUGCCGGGGUCUACCACGGACCCCAAGGUAUGCACGACUGGGCCGUCCGCAUGGCGGACUACUUCAGCGUUGUUGACGUGCGCAACCCGGAGAUUUUCGAGCUGGCAGGGUCGAGCCGCAUAGUGGUUGUGUCGAAUGUCCAUUUCAAGGUGCGCAAGACGGGAGAGGAACUGGAGUACCCAUUUGUUCAGGUCAUUACUGUGGAUCUGGAGCAGGGCCUGAUUACUGAGAUGAGGCCUUUUUACUGGGAUGUGGCCGCGUUGAAUAAGGCCUUGGGCUUGGUAUGA